AUGAGUUUCCAGGCGGAGGACGGCGUGGGCAGCCUCUGCCACAAGGCGCUGCAGAUCAUCUCGGAGCUGUGCCUGGGCGGGCAGGUGGAGCGGGAGAAGUGCGCUGGCAUCUUCCCCCUGGAGACGGCCCGACAGGGCAUCGGUGGCACAGACGUCUCAGUCAGUCUGUUAGCAGUAGUUGUCAGCUUCUGUGGGCUCGCCCUGCUGGUAGUCUCGCUUUUUGUCUUUUGGAAGCUGUGUUGGCCCUGCUGGAAGAGCAAACCUCUCACUUCCAAUGCCAGUAAUGUCCCUCAGAGCAACUCCAGUGCUCCUACUGAGGUUAUGGAGACCAGUGAGAAAAAGGAAGUUAAAGAAAAUGGGAAACCUACAACAAAGGUACUUGAAGCUGCACUGAAAAUUAGCCACACUUCACCAGAUAUACCAGCAGAGGUCCAGAACGCACUGAAAGAGCAUCUGAUCAGACAUGCUCGCAUGCAGAGGCAGAUCACUGAGCCCACGUCGUCAUCAAGGCACAAUUCUUUCAGGAGGCACUUGCCAAGGCAGAUGCAGGUGUCCAGUGUUGAUUUUAACAUGGGGACAGAUCCGAUUUUGCAAAGGGGAGAGACGACAACCAGCAUUGGGAGAAUAAAACCAGAACUCUACAAACAGAAGUCUGUGGAUUCUGAUGGGCAACAAGAAGAUGUGAAAACAUGUGGAAAACUUAACUUCACUCUCCGGUAUGAUUAUGAAAAUGAACUUCUGGCUGUCACAAUUGUCAAAGCCUUAGAUCUGCCUGCUAAAGACUUCACAGGAACAUCCGACCCCUACGUUAAGAUUUAUCUGCUUCCAGAUAGGAAAAAGAAGUUUCAGACACGAGUUCACAGAAAGACAUUAAAUCCUGUCUUUGAUGAAACCUUUCAGUUUCCUGUAGCCUAUGAUCAACUCAGCAACAGGAAAUUGCAUUUCAGUGUUUAUGAUUUUGACAGAUUUUCUAGACAUGACAUGAUUGGGGAAGUUAUUCUUGAUAACCUUUUUGAAGUCUCAGAUCUCUCCAGGGAAGCCAAUGUAUGGAAAGACAUCCACUGUGCCACCACAGAAAGCAUAGAUUUGGGUGAGAUCAUGUUUUCCCUUUGUUAUUUGCCUACUGCUGGGAGAAUGACAUUGACAGUCAUCAAAUGUAGGAAUCUCAAAGCAAUGGAUAUAACUGGAGCAUCAGAUCCCUAUGUCAAAGUGUCACUGAUGUGUGAGGGACGAAGGCUGAAAAAACGGAAAACCACCACAAAGAAGAACACCCUCAAUCCUGUUUAUAACGAGGCCAUCAUCUUUGAUAUCCCUCCAGAGAAUGUGGACCAGGUCAGCCUCUCCAUUGCAGUGAUGGAUUAUGAUCGAGUAGGGCACAAUGAGGUCAUUGGGGUAUGUCGGACAGGCAUUGAUGCUGAAGGGCUUGGAAGAGAUCAUUGGAAUGAAAUGUUGGCUUACCCACGUAAACCAAUAACUCACUGGCAUCCACUAGUGGAGCUACCUGGCCGAGCAACCAGUUUUGAUAGCCAAGGAUCCUGUUCAUCACCAAAACCUCCACUUACACCCUAAGGAACAAGAGUGGAUUCAUCAUGUUCAGUGUCCAAAGCUCCCUCUCAUCUACAUAAACAGAAGGUUCGGCUUCCACAGAUGAACUGUAUCCAUAUUUUUUUAUUAAGAUACAUUUUUCCUAUUCUAAGUCUUAUUAUACAGUUUAUAAUAAUUUCUUAAUGUAUGAAUGAAGCUGACUCGAGUAAAAUAUAACCCUUCCUUGUGCAAAUUCAUUCACCUAUUUUGUCGCUGGCAUGUAUCCAGUGUCAUAGCCAAGCAGUGUUUUGAUAUGACCUGUAUCUUUGCAUAGACAAAGAAAUCAGAGGAAAAAAAAAAUCCCUUAAGCAAUUCAAAACUACUGCAGCUUGUAACGCCUAAUUCUUUUGAGGGAGAGCAAAUAGUAAAUAUAUAUAUAUAUCAUGUAGUAAAUUUCUUCUAAAUUGCACUAAAUCCUGAGAGACUUUGCAAGAUACCAUUCCAAACUGAAUGUUGCAUGAAAAAAACAACUGUUGUCAUGUUUUGAGUGAAAAAUCAGCUCAUUCCUCGGGCAGGGAGAAAGGGCUGAUCAAAAGUCCACCAAAGCCAAUGACAAGGACCUACUGGCUUUGCUGGGUUUUAGUUCAACCCUUAUGGAACAGGUACCAGAACUGGAUCUAUGCAGUUAUAAUCUUCCAGCAAUCACAAUGCCAGCUGCCCCUGUUAUCCUGUCCAGCAAAGCAGCCAGGCAGGUGCCCCCAGGCAGGUGGCUGCCCUCAGAAGAUGGUUUGCUUCAGCUGCCCAGGGGCUACCGAAGAGGUGUCUGGGGUGUCUCUGCGUGGCACUGACAGUCCGUGUACGGGUGUCGCUGUGGAAAGCUAAUGUCUCUGCAGUGAGGUGUGUGGAGGUGGAUGCAGCUCCACAAGGAUGUAGGUGUCUCCUGAUGAGGCGCAUCCAGCCCCUCAAAACAGCCCAAUUGUUGCUGACAUCCGCAGUCCUUGCUUGAUGUUUACACAAGUCAAACUAGUGUAAACUAGGAGAGAAUGCUCUGAAGUAAAGGAAUUGAUUUAAUGUGUUUUGUCUGUUCAGAAAAUUGAACAGACACUGCAGUUACCUAGAACACUUUUCAGAUUCAAUGUUUUAAUGUGACAGAUUUAGAUUACUUUGAAGUUAUUUUGACUGUGUGCAUAGUGCACGUGGAAUAGUUUCUGUUCGCCCGCUGGAUGCCUCUAGAAUUAUAUACUAAAUAUGAAUUUGAGAUAUGUUUUCUGUCAGUAUAUGGAGAGAGAAAUUGAAAUGUAGCUAUUUUAUAAACUAGUAAACUCAUUUAUUAGAAUACACAGUGACAGCAAAUGCAACAAACUGUUGGCUGUAGUCGGAUGCUUUAAAAACUAGAAGAGAGCUACACAUUAUUUUGUGAAUUUAUCUCUUUUAAACACUGCAGUUUACCUCAAUUGCAUAAAUCAGAUAGUUAUUUCCUUUUUUCUUUCUUCUUUUUUUCGUCUUUCUGUGAAGAGCAUGGCAAAGACUGCAUAAUUGGGUCUGAGAUUUUGAAAGCUGAACUGUAACUAGAAAUAAGUUGAGGUAGUGGCACUUUUUGUAUCUUUGCAAUAUUUAAAGAAAAUUGAGGAGACAGUGUUUCCCAAAACAGCAUUUUUACAGAAAAAAAGGUGCCAUACAGAGGAUUGGUUUAAGAUAAUGAAAGAAAUUAUGAGAAUUAAUUUAGAUACGAAGGGAAAAGGUAGUUUUGGCAAAAUUCUGAAGAACCAUUUUGGUUUGGUUUAGCUUGGCUGACACAGAAUAUGCUUAUGAAGAUCCAGUCCUAAGGCUGUCAAUCGCGCCUUGAAGUGUCUUAACUGCUCCAGGAAAGUUAGGAAGGCUGGUCCUAACAUUGCAAAUGUUUCUAAGUCAAAAAAGGAGGCAGGUUUUACACCUUGCCUUCUGUGACUACAAACACAGCAAACAAGCAAAUAAAUAUAAAAAUCAAUCUUUCAGACAGACUUUACAAAUUAACUACAAAAAAAAAAAAAA